AUGAUUUUAGCGCAAAUUAAUUGCGAAAAAAAAAAAAGGAGAACUCGGUGGAAGUCUAUAUGAGGCAUAGUCUAGUCUUCGAGCGAAAAGGAGUCUUGACUCUUAUCUCAUUAAGUACAAAAAAUUCAAGAUGCUGGGGGUCAUGAUUUUCACGCAAAAUAAGAGGUCGAAAUUUUUGCCCAAAAAAAGAGUUCAGUGAAAGUCUUUGAUGCCUAAAACACUUGAGGGAAAGCUUUUGUGCGAAAAGGAGUCGGUCUUAUGACAUGUGAAAAUUUCACAGCCUCAAGUCAUGAUAUUUUUGCGCAAAACAAAGGGUUGGGCUUGUGGUUGUGGGUAGAUAAGGCAACAGAAGUCGGCCUUUUUGUGGAAAGCCCAUAUACCACUACGGCUGAAAAUUUGGGUCACUGUGUACAAUUGUUUACAGCCUCAGCAACAAAAUCUGCAGAGCCGGACCAGGAGAAAGACAAAAUCUGCAGAACCACAAUUUUACGGUCCUAAUGAUUAUUAAAGGGGUAUUCAGAAGAUAUGAAAGAUGGAACCCUGUGCAUCCAACAUCUGGAGCCUUUUGGGGCAUGGGAAUAGGCAUUGGUUGUGGUGUUGGAUGGGGCCCUGGUUUUGGCCCUGAGGCAAUUGGUUAUGUUGGCUCAGGCUGUGGUGUUGGAUUUUGUGUUGGUAUAACUCUGGUUGGUUUUGGCAUUGGCCUACCUGCAAAUGGCCUCUAUGAAGUUCCUUACAAUGCUGUUAUGGCUGCAGGAAGUGGUGCAAUGGAAUUAGCCCGUUCUAGUGGUCUUGUCACGAAAGAUAUUGUAGGGGAUGGCUGGAAUAACAUUGCACCUCGCAUCUCUGGUCUGCAAACAGAAGCAUAUAGAAGAUUCUCUAGCUUUAAGCAGAAAUGUUGCUCGGACAAAGAGUUUGAUUUAUUUGACAGGAAGAGCAAGCUGCCAGCCUUUACUAGGUCUAUUUCAGAAAGUUUAGGAACAUUUGGUGGUCGCUUCUUCCACCCUCGCAAAGUGAUCACAGCUGAACAUGACAUGAAUAGGUGGCAGUCAUGGUGGUGAUGAUGGUAAUUAUGGUGAUAAGAUGAACUGAUGUAUUUUCUUUUUUAUUGGAUUUGGAUCCGUCAAGACUGAGGGGGCUCGAACUCGCAACUUUCGCCUGGACAGGGGCGGUGCUCUGACCAAUUGAACUUCAAAAUUCUUGGAGGCAGUGGUUUGUGAUUUUGAUAAUAAGAAUGGGUUAUAAUUGGUGACAUUUUGAAAGAAGUUAUGGGUUGAUUUUGAUGACUUUUUCUUUUUAUCAGAGUUGUAUUCAUAGUGAUUUAUUAUUCCUAUGAUGUGAUUGGGUGUUGGAAAUGAUUGUAGUGGGUUGUCAUUACCAUAAUGGUGGUGGUGAUGGUUAGUGAAUUAUGAUAGAGGUGACGAUAGUGUGGUGGUGUCAAAGGGACGUUUGAAAACUCAGUUGUUAUCACCCCAAAUCUAAUGCCUACUAUCAAUUCUUUCAAUAUAUGUUGGAUUCUAUGAA